UAUAUUUCCCCCACCAGCGCAAACGUAAAUUAAAGUAUUUAAAGAAGGUUACGAAGCGGUUCAAUACCUCAGAAAAAAGCGUAACAAUGGUUGGCAAAUCCUCUGUUUCAGUGCUUCAGGAAUAUUGUGCUAAAAACAAAGUACCACCACCUACUUAUGAAUAUCUAGACGAAGACGACGGUAGUUUUUGUUGCAAGAUUGAAUUCAUGGAUACUGACGCUGUGGGUAUAGGACGUUCUAAGCGUGAUGCAAAACAUAACGCAGCCGCUGUUAUUAUAAAAAAAUUGCGCCUUGCUGAUGCAUCACAAUUAGCGGAUGAUGGUGCGGCUAGCAUACCACCUAUUGAUAUGGUUGUGCAAUUGCGCGAUUAUUGUGUGCAACAGAGUAUGCCUUUGCCAACGUUCGAAAUUGUACAGCAGGCUGGUACACCAGAUGCACCCGAAUUCACAGCUCUAUGUACAAUUGCUUCAAUUCGUCGAUAUGGCGUAUCGGAAAAGAAAAAGGACGCACGCCAAAAAGCAGCUUAUGAAAUGCUACUUGCCGUUGUUGAUGAUGUGAAUAAGCUUGAGCAAAAUAUGCAAAUAGCUACACUUCAAAAUGCCCAAGAAGACAUUGAAUCGGAGCGUUACAAAAAAUUUAAAACUUAUCGUGAGCUCACCGAAUCCGGUACUGGUGAUAUACGGGGUGUGCUAAUUUGUGAUCGACAUAACUAUUUCAAAAAAUUCUACCCUGAAUUGAAGGAAACGGCGAAUAAGAUACUCAGAUCUAGUUAUGAUUCGGUGCAGGAUCAAGCAAUGGAUGUACUGGAAUCAUUGAAAAUCACACCAAAAAUUUCUCAAAUGCCAUCAAUCAAAGCAGAACCCAUGUUGUUUAUCGAAUUGAAUUGCGAAUAUGAUGUUGUAUUUGCUGGACCGACGUCUACAGUAUACGAAGAUAUAAUUGCAUAUUUCAAAGUGAUGCUUUAAAAUACGAAUACGCUCUUUAAAUACUAAACAUGUAGUACAUAAUUUAUUUUAUUGAAGUAAUAAUAAUUAAAUUCCAAAUAAAUCGCUUAUUGUCAAAUA